AGCCAAAAUCACCGGGGCUUGACAUAUUAACAUACUAUAUGUUUUUUAAGGCUUAAUGGAAAAUGUUUAGCGACCUAUUAUUGGAAUAACAAUGGUCGGAGGAGCUUGUCGAGUAUUGAGCCUGGUAGCAGUUCUUAUUGUGAUAAUAGUAAUUUGCGAUGGGAAGAUGGCGAAAUCACGAUUUACCAAUAUUAUGUGCAAGUCGUACAACAAAACCUUUGGUGAAUUUGAAACCUGUAGACUAAAUGUGCUCGGCAGAGGCGUCAUCGGUGUUCAGCUGCAUCUCAAGUUAUACAUAGUACCGAUUAACACUGUAUCCUCCAACUUGAGUGUAUUACGUCGAUACAAUGGAUUCAAGCCAUUUAUGUACAACACCACGCUUGAUUUCUGCAAGUUUGCAAAGCAAUCGAAGAAAUUGUCCUUCGAGAAACUUGUUCUCGACGCUAUUGCCACGAAAUCUAAUCUGAAUCACACUUGCCCCUAUACAGUGAGACUUCAUGAUAUCAUUGUGAAUAAUCUGGUGUUUAACGAUAACUUCCUGCAGUCGUUGCCACUGCCCCAAGGUGAAUACAAGAUACAAAUGUUAUUUGGCUCCGACAACAUCUGGAGAGUGCAAGUGGACAUCGUCAUCCUAAGAGAGGAGUGAAUCUAGUCGAAUCAUCGGAUUUAUAAUGGAUAAUUCAUUAAAGUAGUCAUUGCGUUGCUUCAGGCUAUGAGAGAGAUAUUAAUUUUAAAAGAUUUAUUUUUGAUAGGGGAAAACUACUUAUUACUAAUAUAACUUUAAAUGGUCACAAAUUAAUAUAAUUAUUGGAAAUUAAUAUACAAAAUUUAGUGAUAUUUUGGAAAUUACUGAGCCGAAUAAAAGAUAAGUCAAUAGAUCUAAUAACUAAACAGUUUUAAUUCACUCAUAAAAUGGACGCGACAGCUUGGAGCUUUUUAAUUUUAGCCAUUUCGUUGUUUUCAAUAGGCAUUUGUACAAAAUCUGGCACAAGGUUUAUCAAUAUGAAGUGUGAAUCCUACGAUCUCGACUAUAUAAGGUUCAAUACAUAUGCUCAGCAGGGAAAUAGUCCGUGUCAAUGUGAACAUCAGCUUGCUAAAAUUACCAGUCCCCGACGUAUACGUAAAUAUUGUAUUCGAUUUAUAAAGUUUAUUUCGUUUUAAUACACUUUCAUUUAGAUCAACUGGAGCAUGUAGAGCCGUAUAGUAUGUACAAACCAUUUCUAUAAAACGAUUUUUAUCAGAGUACUCGCACAUCCCCUCACAAUAUCUUUCCAAUCCUU